UGGUCAUGCACUACGUUAUCUAUGAGGCAAGCUAGAAGGCAGUUUAGUUUAUUCACAUUUGCGCAGACAUGAAUCUGACUGCAGAGAGCCACAGUAUUGCACUCAGUGAUGGAAAUCGUAUUCCACUGCUGGGACUGGGCACCUAUGGGGACCCUCGAACGACGUCCAAAGGCACAGCACUUGAGUGUGUCAAGCUAGCCAUAGAUGUGGGUUACAGGCACUUUGAUGGGGCACUGGUGUAUUUCAAUGAGCAUGAAGUGGGUCAAGCCAUUAGAGAGAAGAUUGCUGAUGGAACCGUUAGAAGAGAGGACAUCUUUUACUGCGGAAAGCUCUGGAACACCUUCCAUCCACCAGAGUUAGUGAGACCAGCUUUGGAGAGGACUCUGAAAACCUUAAAACUAGACUAUGUGGAUCUCUACAUCGUUGAGCUUCCUAUGGCCUUCAAGCCUGGAAAUGAGUUCUAUCCAAAAGACAAGGAUGGAAAAUACAUAUACCACCACACAGACCUCUGUGCAACAUGGGAGGCUUUAGAGGCUUGCAAAGACGCAGGACUUGUGAUGUCUCUGGGAGUCUCCAACUUCAACCGCAGACAGCUGGAGCUGCUGCUGAAUAAACCUGGCCUCAAACACAAACCUGUAUCCAACCAGGUUGAGUGCCAUCCAUAUUUCACACAACCCAAGCUUCUUGAAUACUGUCGCCAGAAUGACAUUGUGAUCGUUGGCUACUGUCCACUUGGAUCCUCCAGAGAUGCAUCCUGGGUAAAUGUGAAAUGUCCUCCCCUGCUGGAGGAUGAGCUGCUUGUAUCCAUUGGGAAAAAGUACAACAAGAGCAGUGCCCAGGUGGCUUUGCGCUUCAACGUCCAGAGAGGAGUCGUAGUGAUCCCCAAGAGCUUCAGUCCCGAGAGGAUUCAACACAACUUCCAGAUAUUUGAUUUUUCACUCACUGAGGAAGAAAUGAAAGCCAUUGAAUCACUGAACAAAAAUAUUCGUUUUGUGGAGCUGCUGAUGUGGAGUGACCAUCCAGAGUACCCAUUUCUUGAUGAUUAUUAAACCUCAAUUUUUUCUGAUGUUCAUCAUUUCACAACUUAAGCUUUUUACACAAAUAGUCAUAACAAAACACAAAACGUGAACUUUUACAUCUUUUUCACAGUUGAGGUGUUGUACUGGUGCUUUUUUACACUAAACACUAGAGGGCUGUAGAUCACAGUGAAUGACAAGGACAAAAGUUAUAAACUAAAAUAAAUAAAUAAAUAAAGGAAGGCUUUCAAGGAUAGCAUGCAGCUCUGAUGUGAAAUGGCAAACUGUGUAUUUGUCUCAUAUUAGUUGCAUAUGAGUCUCACAUGAAGCUUGUGUAAUUUUGAAAGGGAGUUCAUUGUUUCAAUUGAUUUGAAUAGGACUGAUACAACAAUUGUUGCUAUAAAUAAAGUUUAAAUGAAUUGACUGAAA